ACACACACACGCAUGCAAUUCACCAUCUUCCAAACCCUAACCCCGUAAUCAUCCGGUCACCGGCGCCGGCGACGGCAACUACUUUCUCCGACACAAUUACAACGCUUCACAUCAGUUCGGACUUCAUCACCGCAAUGUCACCGGAAUCGUCGUCAGAUCACGACGCCGACGAUUCCGAUGCAGAGUUCGUUGAGAUCGAUCCUUCUGGUCGUUACGGUCGGUACAAGGAAGUGUUAGGGCAGGGGGCUUGCAAAAAGGCAUAUAGAGCGUUUGAUGAAUUGGAAGGAAUCGAAGUUGCUUGGAAUCAAAUAAAAAUUCCUAAUUUCUUGAGGAACCCUGAGGAGUUAGAUCUUCUACACUCCGAAGUUCAUUUGCUCAAAACGCUUAAGCACAAGAACAUUAUCAAAUUCUACAACUCUUGGGUUGAUACAAAGAACGAGCAUAUCAACGUAAUCACCGAGAUUUUCACAUCUGGGACACUAAGACAGUACCGAACGAAGCAUAAGCAUGUAGAUUUGCGCGCGUUGAAGAAAUGGUCCAAGCAAAUUUUGGAGGGAUUGGUGUAUCUUCAUAGUCAUGACCCGCCAAUUAUUCAUCGUGACCUCAAAUGUGACAAUAUUUAUGUUAACGGAAGCCAAGGUGAGGUAAAGAUCGGUGAUCUUGGAUUAGCUGCCAUUCUUCGUCAAAUUCCUUCUGCUCAUAGUGUGAUCGGAACCCCAGAGUUCAUGGCACCAGAGCUAUAUGAAGAGGAUUAUAAUGAACUUGUAGAUAUAUAUGCCUUUGGGAUGUGCCUACUUGAAUUGGUGACGUUUGAGUAUCCAUAUAUUGAAUGUGCAAAUGCGGCUCAAAUAUAUAAGAACGUGACAUCGGGUGUCAAACCAGCUUCAUUAACAAAAGUAAAUGAUCCCGAAAUCAAAUCAUUUAUUGAAAAAUGUAUCGCCAAUGUUGCGGAUAGAUUAAGUGCUAAGGAUUUAUUGAUGGAUCCUUUUCUGCACGAAAAAGACGAUGACGAAAAUACAAAUUUACAAUUGAAAGCCAAUCUCUAUCAAGAUGAUGACACUGAGAAUCUUGAUACUGCUCGGGAUUUCACGGUUCAGGGUCAAAUGGGAGACCCAAAUACAGUAUUCUUGAAAUUACGCAUGGAUGAUACAACAGGUCAUGCUCGAACUAUUCAUUUCCCAUUCGAUAUCAAACACGACACACCCUCUGCAGUUGCUAAAGAAAUGGUCCAAGAGCUUGAUCUAACCGAUCAAGACGUCUCCGCAAUUGCCGAAAUGAUCGAAUCAGAAAUUCGGUCAUGCUUUCCUGAUUGGUCAGUAACAGAUCGUGACGUUAACGAAGUUGACUUUGACUCCACCCCAUCAACAAACAAAUCUGGCAACAACUCUCCUGGAUCUUUAUCUCUUGAACAUUUCCCUUCGGGUCGAAAAUAUUGGAAUGAUGCACCCAGAGGUUCGAGCCAUGGUGACCCAAGUGAGCCCAUACCUUCUGAUGGUGAGGACCAAGGUUCGAGCCAUGAUGAUGGUGAUACUGAUGAUGUGGAUACUAUUGUGGAGAAACUUGAGCGUAUUAUGGCGGAGCAGAAGAAAGAGGUGGAUGAACUUAAGAAACAACAUGGAUUGAUGGUGCAUGAUGUUUUGAUGGAACUUCCUCCCGAAACUCGAAAAGAAGUUAUUAGCACCUAUAAAGCCGAGAUCUUGAAAGCAUGCAUCUUGGAUAUGAACUAUACAGAUGCUGACCGUUCUUUUGAUCCAAAAGCCGAAGACACACACUUUGUGGCGAACGGUGAAGAGAAACAACCAGCAGCAGGUAACCGUAAGCCUGGAAAUGUAUUCAGGCACAAGUUCAAAACCGGGUUUGAUUAUACAAUGCCAAACAUGGGCAUUGCUAUAGUUUUGGGAAAUGACGGUGUGAGUUCAUGACACUCAACAAUAUUUCAAAACAGAAAUCGUUGUGUGUUUCGUGGGACGUUUUAGAGAGGUGGAGUGAAUACUUGUAUAUAAGAAGAGUUCAGUAUGAUUAUUUUUUCAACAGUAACAGAUUUAAUUUAUGUUUUGAGUUUGGUUGUGAAAUUUGAAGGACUUUGUAGACAUUGGGUGAAAUUUCGAGGGCUUUGUAGACAUUAGGUGAAAGUUCAAGGGCUUUGUAGACUCUUCUCAUUCUGAUUGUUUGAUAUAUAAUAUUCAAAUAUCA